AUGAGCUCAAUUAUUGUGCUAGAUUCGUCCGACGAGGAUGAGAGUCCACCAAAAAAGUCUAGUUUAACGACAUCACCAGAUGUUUCUGUUACAUCGAAAUCACAAGUCAAAAAUUCCAAACAAAGAACAAUUCCUAGUGGAAUAACCGUCACCCAACGUCAAACCCCCCAGGCACAAGGUCUCAAUGUUCCGAACAAUCCAAUAAGCCAAUUCCAGUCUGGUACCAUAAAUCAUGCUAUUACUAGUAUCAUUAAUGAUGAGCGGCAAACUCCUACACCUCCCAAAUUGGCUCAAGGGAAUAGUUUGGCGGCACAGAUUACAAGAAAAAGGAAGACGCCAACACCUCCCCAGGCUCGAUUGGCAGCUAAAUCAUUUGCCAACAACAUGAGUGGAUCAAAUAUAAUGUCUCCUGCUGCUGCCGCAACAACUAUGGCUCCAUUACCGCCGAUUAUGCCAAUGAUCUCCGGUGUCCAUUCGGCGGCUGGUCCUUCAACAUUGCCUCACAACUUAGCAGCAUUUACAGGAUUGAACGAUCAAAUGAUUAUGAAUCCUAUUUUUCAUCCAAAUUUGCCUCCCAACACGACCAUCACUGCUCACACUAGUCUAAAUCUUAAUAAUUUAAACAAUAAUUUCAAAAUACAUUUGCCUCCAAAACCUGUGACCACUCCUUCACCCGCUGCUUCUCCAUCUGCGUCAAAAACGCCGUCGCCUUCUCAAACAGUUUCUCCGACAAUACCAAGGCGAGUUGACAAAUCGACAAAACGGGCGAAACUAACGACGGUUUUGAAAUCAUCUGACGAGGCGUGGCAACAGCAACGAAGUAAGGCUCGACUAUCAAACGACAAACAAAAUAAUGAUGUCGUGGAAAUGGAUAUGCACUCACCUAGAUCCUACAAGUCACCAACAUCUUCGUCAACAAUCAAAUCAAAUGAUGUAUUGGAUUUAACAGACAGUCCGGAAAGGAAUCCUACAACUGUUAUAAAUUUAACCGAUAUGCCGUCGACAAUAACUACGCCAGACAAGAAACAGAUUAAUGGUGAAAAUGCAUCAGCCACAAAGGAGCCCAAAAACAAUAAAGACAAAGAGGCCAAGGUCAAGCCUCAGUCUAGGCCGCCUCUGGAACCUGAAUAUGCUGAACUCAUAAAAACAUGUCGAGAAGCAGAUCGUUCAGACGAUAUGGAAAAACUUAUAAAAACUAAGCUCAUCAAAUAUUACUAUGAAGUUCAUGAGGAUUUUGUGAAAUCGAAAAGUUUUCGAAAAAAUAUACAAAAGGUUGUGGAAGCGAUACGUGCUGAACCAGAUUUAGUCUAUUAUAACUUGAAGACUAUUGUAGAAGAACUAAAAGCGAGGCGCAAAGCUAAAGUUAUUGAGCCACUGCCUCAAGAAAAAAAUGAAGAGAAAACACCUGUUGCAGAAGACGACACCCAUCCAAUGCCAACGACUUCUUCUGCAAACAAUACUGAGAUGGCAACGCCUACCAAUAUUUCAACUGGCAACAAAAAAUUGGAUGAACAAAUCAAAAAGUUAAAUAAGGCGUUAUAUGUUUUAACAAAGAGAAUUCAAGUACUCGAAGAGACAGCUGUGGAUUGGGAUGAUGACGACUCCAGCUUUCUUCAAGUCGAACGCUUUAAAAAGAGAGCUUGUCAGAUUUAUGAAAAAAUUUGUGAUCUUACUGGGGAGAGCAAAAAUGCGCGCAGAUUGGUGAAGAAACCCAUAAAAUUCAACGAAACUUGUAUACCACAAUUUAAUAAAACACUACAGGCUUUUAUAAACCGCACAAAAGAGUUUCCUGAUUACUUUGAUGUACUUAGAAUGUUGGAACACUGCAAUACAACAUACAAUCUCGGAUUAGUAAACUUCGAAAUGAAAAAUAUUGCUGAAGACGCAUUCAUAAAGGUGGGAAAACUUCUACAAUCCAGGCGCAAAGCUGAAUUGUAUGAAACAGUCACGCAUUAUGGUGGUAACUCUAAAGAUCCUGCACUUGUGGAUCCAGCGUUAGCGGCUAAAUUAAGUGAAAAUCAGAAAAACCAUAAGAAAAUUAGUGACAUAUUGGAAAAAUAUGCACGCAAGCAAGACAUGCCCGAAGAGGACGACGAAGAGAAUAAGGCUGACAAUAAAGAAAUAAGCGGAGACAUAAAGGAGGCUGCGACAAAUGAUUCAAAUGAACAAACGUCCAGUGUCACGUUACAAAAAACCGAGGCGGACACCCAACCCGAUCAUAAACCAAAAAUAUAUGAAACGGAUGAGGUGAACAAAGACAAGACAUCCGAAACUGCGGCAGAUGAGAGUGAAGACGAUGAUGAAGAAGACGAUGACGAAGAGGUGAAUCUUGAAGAACAAGUAGAAACAUUAGCGAAUGGUGAAAUAUCGGAAAACGAAUCGGAUAAUGAUAACAAUGACAGCACAGAUAAAGAUGCUGGUCUUGUCAGCACAGUACUAGACGAAAAGAAAGACCAAGAAAAGGAUAAAGACAGUUCGACGUUACAAUAUGAAGUUAUAAAUAGUGAUACAUCGCAUAUAUUUGAGGGCCUAAAUAUAAACAACAACAUUUUAGAAAAUAAAGAACAGAAGACUGCUACGAAUUCAAAUGAUAUAGCGAGUGCAACUCCGCCCAAUGGCAAGCUAAAGGAAUUAGACAGACAUGUUGUUUGUAACACCAGCACCAGUCCAUCAACUACCACUGCUACCGCUGACUUUAAAAUUGUAUCUGUUUCUAGUCUGGACGAAGACAUUUUAUUAUUUAAAAGCAACGAUAACAACAGCAAAGUGUCUACAGACGGAUCUACGACGAAGACUCUAGAGGAGAUUGUAAUAUCAGAUGAAGAAUCAUAG